GUCAAAUAACAAUGGGCUCAAUAAUUUACUAACACGGAGGAUGUGAGUUUUGCUCUGCUUGACUGUUAUUUUUCUACAAAUUUGGGAAGAAGCUAAUUCGGCUAUUUGUGUGCUACAGUUAGCCGGUUUUACUUGACUUCCGCUACGAACUCUUCCGCUGUUGGCAUGUUAGCGCGCGACUGGCACAGUGCCACACAUUGACUUGGCAUAUGUACUACAGGGACCGCGGUUGAAUUCAGCGGCUUAGUUUAAAACGUGAAAUCGUGCGCUGUAAUCGUAUCGCAGCCAUGUAAACACACUUUGAGGCUCUUCCCUCCACGACACACACACAAAAAAACAACGGUGUGAGGAACUCGUACACUUCAACUACAGCCAGCGAAACACUGCUACCAGAAACAGCUGAGAGGACUUAGCAGUCACCUGUUGAAGAUCCAAGGAUGGCGGGGAAGAGACGAGGCAGAGGAAACCACGGGCACGGGCAGCAGCAGCAGCAGGCUGCACAGAAGCAGAAGCCUGGCCUUCGUAGGCAGGCUCUGAGGGAGCCAGCAGCGUUUGCCAGUUCCCAAGGUUAUGAACCAGAGACCGCCCACGAAAAACUAACUAUUGCACAAGCUCGCAGGGGAACACCAGCCAAUCGUCCGGCGCGAGUCUACGCUGACGGGAUAUUUGAUCUUUUCCAUUCGGGACACGCUCGUGCUCUGAUGCAGGCCAAAAAUCUGUUCCCCAACACUUAUCUGAUCGUAGGAGUGUGCAGUGAUGAACUCACCCACCAGUUCAAAGGCUACACGGUGAUGACGGAGGACGAACGGUACGAAGCCCUGAGACACUGUCGCUAUGUGGACGAAGUGGUGCGAGACGCUCCCUGGACCCUAACCACGGAGUUCCUGAAGAAACACAAGAUCGACUUCGUGGCCCACGACGACAUCCCGUACACCUCCGCGGGAUCAGAGGACGUUUACAAGCACAUCAAGGAAGCGGGCAUGUUUGUGGCCACUCAGAGGACAGAGGGCAUCUCCACAUCUGACCUCAUCACUCGCAUCGUCCGAGACUACGACAUCUACGUCCGCCGCAACCUGCAGAGAGGCUACACGGCCCGAGAGCUGAAUGUCGGAUUCAUAAACGAGAAAAAGUACAGACUGCAGAACCAAGUGGACAAGAUGAAGGAGACGGUGCGUACGGUGGAGGAAAAGUCCAAGCAUUUUGUCUACAGAGUGGAGGAGAAGAGCCAGGAUCUCAUCAACAAGUGGGAGGAGAAGUCACGGGAAUUCAUCAGCAACUUCCUGGAGCUCUUUGGACCCGACGGAGCCUGGCAUGUCAUUCAGGAGCGCAGCGGUCGGAUGCUGCAGGCCCUGUCGCCCUACUCCUCGCCCCGCGGCUCCCCCAGCAGCAGCCCCACCAGGGCCCGCUCUCAGGACUCCUCCCCGACCUCCGCCUCCCCCUCUUCAUCUUCUCUGUCUCCUCCUUCCUCCCCAUCCUCACCCAAGAAGGGAACGCGCCGCUCUCUGAAGUCCGCCUCGGUGUACAGCCGUCAUGUGCAGUGAGCUCAUCUCCAGGAGUCAGAAGACUGGUGAUUGGUGGAGCAUUUUCUGAGGAAACUUUCACUGUGGGGAGAACGACAAUGUUUAAUUUAUUACUGCUCCAUUUGAAGUAAAUUAUACUGCAUACUGUACUGUAACUCUUCUCUUCUCACCCUCUCGUGUCUUCACCUCUGCGUCUAUGAAGAGGAAUAAAUUUGAAUUUUUCUUUCUGUCACAUUUC